GGGGGAGGGAUCACUCAGGCCGUGAGCCGUCCACAACAAACGUAGCGCUCAGCAGACGCUACUUGUUUUUUUGGAUCUUUUCUUUGACUGGGUUUCUGGCGUUAAUUGACAGAUUUUGUUCUGUGUUUAGAACGGUAUUUUCUUUGUGACAUCAAAGUAUAUCCUUGUCAUAAUGGCACACUACAAAGGUGCAGCCAGCGAAGCUGGCCGAGCGAUGCAUCUUAUGAAGAAGCGAGAGAAAGCUUUGGAAGAAAUUGAGUAUCGUAAGAAAAAGAUAGAAGAAGAUUUAAAACUUAGCAAUAUAGAGAAUAAAUUUGCUGCUCAUUAUGAUGCUGUUGAACAGCAACUCAAGAGUUCGACCAUUGGUCUUGUCACACUUGAUGAAAUGAAAGCCAAACAAGAAAAUAUUGUCAAGGAACGUGAACGUAAACUAGCACAAAAGCAAGCAGAGAAAGAUAGGGAGAAACAAAGAGCCUUAGAAGCUAAGCAAGCUGAGAAGGAUCGUCAAAAACGUCAGAUUCAGGCUUUGUCAUUUAACCUUGAAGAGGAUGAGGAUGAAGAGGAAGAAGAGCAUGCAAUGCCAAGUUUGAAGAGGAAACCUGAAGCUACAGUCACAUCAGACAGCAUUGCAGAUGUACCAAUUAAGCAGGAACCCUUAGAUCAAGAUCUAAAUGAGUACAUGGCAGCUAUGGAGCAACGAGCUAUUGACAAAAUGAUGGGAGAGCGUAAUGGCGAGCUUACAAGUGAUGAUGGAGUGGAACAAAAAUUCACGCCCCCAGCCAAAAAGAAAAUCAGGAAGAAUCCUGAUGUAGACACCAGCUUUUUACCUGAUCGUGAACGUGAGGAAGAGGAGAACAAACUAAGAGAGGAGCUAAGACAAGAUUGGGCAGCCAAGCAACAGCAGCUCAAGGAAGAAGAAAUUGAGGUAACUUUCAGUUAUUGGGAUGGAUCCGGCCACAGAAGGACUGUAAGAAUGAAAAAAGGCAACUCAAUUUACCAAUUCCUGCAACGAUGUUUGGAGAUUUUGCGCAAAGAUUUUAGUGAGUUGAAGACUGUAAUGGCUGAUCAGCUGAUGUAUGUCAAAGAGGAUCUCAUUCUACCGCACCACUAUACAUUUUAUGAUUUCAUUGUAACCAAGGCCCGAGGUAAAAGUGGACCCCUGUUUACAUUUGAUGUGCAUGAUGACAUAAGGAUGACAAAUGACGCAACCUUAGAGAAGGAAGACUCCCAUGCAGGAAAGGUUUUAUUAAGGCAUUGGUAUGAACGUAACAAACAUAUUUUUCCAGCCAGUCGGUGGGAACCAUAUGAUCCCACCAAGACAUAUGCUAAGUACACCAUUUCUGAUAAGCACAAAAAGAAGCAAUAAUGUUAAGACUUUGCAGAAUUUUGUUUAUUUAUUUAUGAGCAGUGGUUUGAUCACUGUUUCUUGUGGUUGACCAAAAUCUAUGUGUCACUAUGUUACUCUGUCUCUUAUCUAGAUUUAUGUUACAUAUUUUCUGUAUUUUGUCUAAUUAAUUCUUUUUUAAGUCAUUCAUAUGUUAAAAGCAUGACGGCUACCAUGCUAGAUAUCAAAUGUGAUUAUUUUUUUUUAAAUGGUAAAUUUUGAUUGUUAAUGCACUCCAUCAAGCAAUAAUAAUUGUUCUCUCUUCA